AUGUUCAAACAAGCAGGAAUCAGAAGAAUGCCUGUGGCCCUGAAGUCAAGCGUUGCCGCUUCAGUGAGAAACCACUCACACUUGCCGCUGGCCACGAAGAUCACCUUGCCAAACGGCAAGACUUAUGAACAGCCAACCGGGCUGUUCAUCAACAACGAGUUUGUCCCCUCGAGACAAUCAAAGACCUUUGAGGUGAUCAACCCGUCCACAGAAGAGGAGGUUUGCCACGUUUACGAGGGCCGUGAAGAUGACGUUAACAUCGCCGUGGAUGCAGCGGAGAAGGCUUUCAAAUCAGGCGUGUGGUCAAGGGCUCAUCCGCAGGUUAGAAUGAGGGCCUUGAACAAGCUGGCGGACCUGAUCGAGGCCGACGCCGAGACCGUGGCCUCCAUCGAGUCGCUCGAUAACGGUAAGGCUAUCCAGCAUGCCCGUGGUGAUGUUGCUCUGGCAGUGGCUUACCUGAGAUCUGUUGCUGGCUGGGCUGAUAAGGUCGAUGGCCGUGUUAUUGAGACCGACAGUGAGCACUUCACUUAUACCAAGAGAGAGCCAAUUGGCGUGGUUGGCCAAAUCAUCCCUUGGAACUUCCCAUUGUUGAUGUGGUCAUGGAAGGUUGGGCCUGCGCUGGCUACCGGUAACACCGUUGUUCUGAAGACUGCGGAAUCAACCCCAUUGUCUGCCUUGUACGUUUCCAAGUUCGUUGCUGAGGCCGGCAUCCCCCCAGGUGUGCUGAACAUUGUGUCUGGAUUUGGUAAGAUUGUCGGCGAGGCCAUCUCCACACACAUGAAGAUCAAGAAGGUUGCCUUCACCGGCUCCACUGCCACAGGCCGUCAUAUCCUGGCUGCUGCUGCUCAUUCCAACCUGAAGAAGGUGACCUUGGAGCUGGGUGGUAAGUCUCCAAACAUCAUCUUUGACGAUGCAAACGUUGAGCAGACUGUGCAAAACUUGCUCGUUGGUAUCUUCUACAACUCCGGUGAAGUUUGCUGUGCAGGCUCAAGAUUGUACGUGCAAGAGGGAAUCUACGAUGAGGUGUUGGAGGCCUUCAAGACUGCAGCAGAGGCCAUCAAAGUUGGUGAUCCAUUCGACGAUGCAACAUUCCAAGGUGCACAAACCUCCCAGCAGCAGUUGGACAAGAUCUUGUCCUACGUGAAGAAGGGCAAGGAGGAAGGUGCCCGUGUCAUCACUGGUGGUGAAAGACUGGGUAACAAGGGCUACUUUGUCAAGCCAACCAUCUUUGCAGAUGUCAAGGAGGAUUUCACCAUCGUCAAGGAGGAGAUCUUUGGGCCUGUCAUCACCAUUUCCAAGUUCAAGACCUUGGACGAGAUUGUCGACAAGGCCAACGACUCCGAGUAUGGACUGGCUGCUGGUAUCCACACAACAUCUCUGUCCACUGCGAUUGAGGCUUCCAACAGACUGGAGGCUGGUACCGUCUGGGUCAACACUUAUAACGAUUUUGACCCACAGACUCCGUUCGGAGGCUUCAAGCAGUCCGGUAUUGGCAGAGAGAUGGGAACAGAGGCAUUGGAUAACUACACCAACGUGAAGGCUGUGAGAAUGAGAAUUUAA